GCCUGUUUUCAAACGAAGGUAUGUGGCAUCUACUCAGGUACUAAAAGCCUUCCCAAAGCUUACACAAAAUGUCAGGACCAAGGGGUGAAACCGUUAACAAACCAUCUUCACUGCUUAAACAGUACGAAAAUGACGAAAUUUUUAGUAUGCUGGGUCGCCGUAAUGUGGCUCUAGCGACUUCCGUAGCCCAGCUAUAUAUUGCACCGCCUGAAAAUCGUAGAGUAUGGAGGAAAGAAGCCACAGGAGUAAUUUGUUUUGUGAAAGACAACGGGAAAAAAUCGUACUUUCUUCGAAUGUAUAGUCUUGUGACCAAGUCGUUAGAAUGGGAACAGGAGCUCUACAACUCGUUCAAAUACACUCCCACACGGCCUUAUUUCCACACUUUCGCCGCUGAUGGUUACAAUGCUGGUCUAAAUUUUGCAAAAGCUGAAGAGGCCCAAAACUUUAGCAAUGUGAUUGAAAAGAAGCUGAAGGAAAAGGAGCAGAGACGCCAAGAAAGAAAAAAAGAGAAUGCCUCAAGGCAUGGUAAAACGCCUCCCCCACCCCCUGCAGUGGGGGGAAAUGUUGACAUCGGAAAGAGGAGUUCUUUACAGGCCAAUGAUAACUUUAGCAAUAUGAGUCAUUCACCAUCACAGACAAGUCUUUCAUCGGUGGAUGGCCCCUCUCUGUCUCGGAAAAAGAGCAAAGAUAGAAAAGAAAGCAAAAGCAAAGAAAAGGAUCACCAAAGAUGACAUUGGAAAACCAGAGAACUUCCAGCAUGUUGGACAUAUUGGCUGGGAUCCACAAGGUGGAUUUGAUGUGGAUAGAUUGGAUGAGAAAUGGAAAGACCUGUUUGCUUUGGUUGGUGUUACUGAUGAACAAAUGCAGAAAAAGGAGACAAGGGACUUCAUCUAUGAUUUUGUUGAGAGUAGGGGGGGAAUUGACAACGUCAGACGUGAAAUAGAAAUAGAAAAACAAAAAGCUUCAGCACCACCUCCACCAGCACCGUCGAGAGGACAAUCAAGAGGGCCCCCACCACCCCCUCCUCCCUCACGGGGAGCCCCACCACCACCUCCAACAAGGAUAGGAAAUGCCCCACCACCACCCCCUCCGUCCCGUGGUGGGCCCCCACCACCCCCUCCCUCACGUGGAGGCUUACCACCACCACCACCCCCUGCUUCCAGGGCACCAGCUCCUCGUGUGGGGGCACCUCCCCCUCCUGCCCCACCCCCUCCUCCACCAAUGAGUGGUGCACCUCCUCCCCCUCCCCCAAUGGGACGAGGUGGCCCUCCACCUCCUCCACCCCCCGUAGCUGGUGGUGGUGGUCCAGGUCGUGGAGCUCUUCUUGAUCAGAUUUGUCAGGGAACCAAUCUGAAGAAGGUAACAGCUGAAGAGAGGAGGUCAAGUAGCUCGGAUGGUCGAAGCGGAUUGCUGAGUCAGAUCAGGAGUGGGAAGCAGUUGAAGAAGGUAUCAGAAGAAGAUGGACCACCAAAAAAUUCGAAGCCUUCAUCCGGCGGUGGAGGUGGUGGAAUCUUAGGGGCCCUUCAGUUAGCACUGGAGCAAAGAGAGAAAGCCAUCCACUCUUCAGAUAGCGAAAGCGAAAGUGCAUCCGAGUUUGAAGACGACGAGGACGAGUGGAUGGACUAGGGACAAGGGACUAUUGGCGACAUAGUAUAUGAAUUACGAAUAACGGAUAUCGAAACGGAAAAACACUUAAAUUUCGAAUAUACUAGUGUAACAGUGUACUCCUUUUAUUUUAUAAGUAGAUUAAUGAUUUCUAGUGUAGUGUUUGAUCUCAGACAUCAAUUAGGAGCAGACAAGAUGGGCUCUUUUCUUACAUGCGUGCUAGGGGGGUGAGGUGACGAGAGGUGCAGUGAAGGUGGAUACGUGAGCUUUUUGUGAGGUGAUUCUUCCCUCGCGCACGCGUCGGCUUCUUGUUCUAUCACCUCGCUACAGAAGCUUAAAUACCUUUACACAAUACACAAACCAUAAACGCCAGAGAUUGGACUUUGGUUUUCUAUCUUGCUGCCAUGUUUGUAUCUGUGAAAAUGACUGAAUUUUUUUGUGAGAAGGAAAUGUCGCAUUUUUCUGUUGAUUCUAUGAGCUCAGUGAGAUUUUGCAGUCGGGGAAUCUUCGUUUACACGAUUCUACGCAUGAGCAUAACCUUUUCAAUUUCUAAUCAAUCAACCAAAAUCUUGGAAUAUAGGAAAUAUUUACCCUUUCCCUGUUGUUCACCUAAAGUUCUCUCAGCCACACGAAGUUAAAAAUUAGAAAUUUUACAACGAAGGUUUGGGUUCAUUGGCACUUUCUCCAUCCAGACAAUUACCUGUUUGCGAUGACGGUAUCUCAGUGAGUUCUACUUGCAAGCCACUUCAAAUUACACGUAUGCCCUUUCAAUUUUUGAAAUAAAUUCUUCCUUAAAUCGACCUCUUUUCCUCGAAAACAUGUAUGGUAAUGAAGAAGAAUGUUCACAAUGAGGAGAUUGAGUCGAUUUUUUUAAUUAUUACAAUGUGGGUUUCCAUUGAAUCCUGGUCCAUUUAGGUUAAUUAAACAAUAAAAGUUGUUGGAAAAAUUA